AUGGCAGCGCGGCAUGCACUGGCGGUGUUGUCGCUUAUAUUAGCGCUAUUUUUAUAUAAUUCGAAUGCUGAACAAUCAAUAACAGCUUUGGCUGCCUCAGGAUCACCCUUCAAAAAUGAUCUUGCUUAUCUCUUUUUUAAAGAUGGUGCAAGCAUAGGCGCUGCAGUAGUUAAUGGCACAUUAAGAGCAUACGACGAUUCGAAAUGCCUCAGGGAUAUCGAUCGUAUAUCGGCGGCACUCGACGAAUAUUACGAAUGGGCUAUUGAGUUUCCCGACACAUGGGGCCGUCUACCCGUCGGUUUGAUGUGGGGUCACGCACUGAGCUUCGGCGCCUAUGAAGAAUGUUUAGCUGCUUCUUGGGAAUUCAGUACGGAUGAUGUAUUACGCGGUCAAUAUUGUUUGGCACGCGUGCCAAUCAAAAAAUAUAUGGACGAGAUUAAACCACGUCAAGUACGUAGUCCAGCUAGGAUCAGCUAUAAAUAUUCAAAGCCAGAGACAUUUGAAUUAGGUGUUUGUAUACCAAGUUCAUGUUCAGCUGAAUUGGGUAAUAAAAUCUUGACUGGCGUGAUGAAUAAGUACUAUGAUGCUGGCAUCACUUCAACGAUGAUGCAAGAAAAAUAUUGCAAAUAUGAAGAGCCCGUUAAAUUUCGAGCGAUCGACAUCUUCGCCAUGUGA